AGCUGAGACAUUUACUUCAAACUUUUAAAUCUUGAUCCUCACCGACCACCAUCCCCAGUAAACCCCAAAAGAGGAAGAUUCCGAACAGUAGCCAUACCAUGUCUGCCUUCACCUCUUCUCUGCGCCCAUUGAUGCGCGCCGCCUCCAGCGGAGCUCUCUCCGCGCGUUCCUUCAGCUCCUCCUCGUCGCGUUCAGUAGCCCGUAUGAUUAUCACCGGUCGUCUGGCGGCCGCUCCUGAGCUGCAGGCCACCUCAUCCGGUCAGGAUAUUGUCAGAUACACGGUCGCUACCUCGACCGGUCCCCGUGACAACCGACAGACAAGCUGGUUCAAGGUGGCAAGCUUCGAUCAGGGUGGUCAGCGUGAUUUCCUACUAGGUCUGCAGAAGGGAACCCUUGUUUUCCUUGAGGGAAGCGCCAGCCUACGGGAGUGGGAGGACGCCGAGGGCAAGAAACAGACUGCUUUGAACAUUGUUCAACGGAGCCUCGAGGUCCUCAAGCGUCCGCAAAACUCCAACGAAAACGAGUCUGCCUAAGCUCACUUGACCGAAUGAACAUAAACCUGCACCGAGAGAACUACGUACAAACUUGGUGGAGUUGUGGGCUGAUGCUCAGAGAUUAGAGGCUUGCUUUAAUCCCUUGUAGGUUUGUCGGUGAAGCAGGACUCGUCUUGGCCAUUGUGUGUUCUAAUUAUAUUUUUGGAUCAUAUGGCUUCUGUAUUAGUAGUUGUACAAGUAUACCCUUGAAUACUAGCGCUCUUUUAGCAUGCUGCUUCGUGGCUCUAAUGGGAUAACCUUAGAAUGAAUCUGACUCCUCCGGUGCAUUGACACGACGUGCUUGUUGGUAAUGGUCUGCAGGCCGG